AUGGACACAUUAGAGAGUCAGUUUAACACCAGUGGAUUUCCCGAAGUGAGCAAAGACCAAGCACUGAUCAAAGUAAUAGUACCUCUCCUUGAUGGUUUUAUUCUAGUAAUUGGUCUGGUUGGACAUUUUUUGGUUAUUGCCAUUCUAAACGGCAGGAGGAAGAGAGAUAGUCAGCCUCCACACAGUACGGACACACUGUUGUUGGCUCUGAGCACUGCUGACCUGCUCCUGCUACUCUGUCUGCCCUUCCACACUUCAGCCAUCACUCUGGGGUACUGGCCUUUUGGAAGUUUCCUUUGUAAGGCUAUUAGCUUCAUGGGGAUUGCUUGUUCAACUGCAUCAGUCUUCACACUAGCAGCGUUGGCGGUGACCCGUUACCUGACAGUGGUGCACCCUACCUGGGCUUACCGUUCAAGGAUGCACCGACGCAUUAAGCUCAUAGUGGCUCUGCUCUGGAUCCCUGCCUCAGGGCUGGCAGCACCACAGUUUGCUUUUCGCACAGUCACGUCCUCCAGUGCAAUCUAUUGUUUUGCCUUUCUUUCCACCUUCAGCCAACUGGUCUACAGCAUUGCCUUGUUCCUUUGUGGAUUUGCCAUUCCACUUGGCAUUAUUGUACUUAUGUAUACCAAAAUAUACUGCUUUCUUCGACAUGCAAGGCUACUGGGUAACCCUCCUCAACUGGAGCGCUAUCAAAAUCAAGUGACCCACACUUCAGCUCUGCUUGUUCUGAUCUUCACGCUCCUCUGGCUGCCAUCCUACACCCUCAUGUUUUUUUUCAUUGGUGGGACCGUAUCAGGAGCCCCAGGCUAUAACCUUUUUGCUAUAUUUGCCAGACUGUUGGCAUCUUUGGCAACUGUGGUGAACCCUAUCCUCUACGGCUUUAUGUCACAGAAGUUUAGAAAAGAACUAAUGGAGAUGGGCAGAAAGUGGUGGGCCUGGUGUAAAAGCUGCCAGAUCGAUUGCCCUCUUUUUUGGAACAGAGACGUAGUGCAGCCAUUUGUGUUGGACAGCUCGGACAGAAGCCAGAACUGA